CAUAAGACGCAUGCGCAGAAGGUACAUAAACGAGAAUACCGCUAAUACAACUGCUGCAGUUGUUAUUUUACUGUCAGCUGGAGAUCCCGACGUCAUUUAUACAUAUCUACCAACACAUCACGGCUAAAUUAGAAACACGUCCUUGAUUUAGUUUGUUGUAGCUGCUCGCUCCGUGCAGCAUCGGGAUCAUGUUUACCUCCCAGACUUCGUCCUUCCAGGAUUCCAUUGACGUGGAAGAGAGAGAUGACUUUGACAGCGAGGAGAUUGCCGGAUACAGCCAGAAAACUCAGCUGAACUGCUACUACACCAUCUAUCUGUAUCAAGGCACAAGAUCUGAGGCUUCUGGGGAAAAUGUGGCAUGGAACCAGAGACGAGCAGACUCCACAACCAGUCAGGAUGACUUUAGCCUGACACUCGUCGACAGCAGCCUUCCAUCAGAGGCGGAACCUGAGCUGCGGACUUACAUUUCGAGGAGGCUCAGCAAAGGUGCCCUGCUGGGAGGCAUGGGCAACAUUGCCACUGUGGAACUCAGUAUCCCAGAGCAGGCAGUGGGCUGCUACUGCUGUCUCCUGGAGCAGGAACGGUCUCCCGAACAGCCUGAUGCUGAUGGAAACGGAUAUGUGAUCUGCUUCAUGGGCGGCUCUGAAAAAGGACUGAACUUAUUUCGAUUAGAACUUGAUAAAUACGUCCAAGGCCUGCACAGCAGCCUGCAAACCCCAGAGCUGCAGAACCUUGAGACAGAGGUGCGUCCGUAUCUGAGCCGGUGGUACGAGGAGUCUGUGAUGCACAUUUAUCGGGUGGUGCAGCUGGUCCAGAGCAACAUCAGCUUCCUGCUGCACGCUGCGCUGAGUCACACACAUGUGGAGCUCAAUAAUUCCGAUGAGAGGACAAAGGCUGAUGUGUCCCGGUUCAUCAAAGCAGCCAGUUUGGUGGGUCUGUCCCAACAAGACACUACAACAGCUUCUCUGUGUAAGGCGAUCUCAGAGGACACGCAGUCUGACCUGAUCCUAGACUGCUCCACCAGCCCACCCACACUCUCUAACGCAGUCAGUAAUCGUUUCUGUGAUGACUGGAUUCAGGCCUUUCUAAACGCUGCAGAGCGAUGUAAUCCUUUCCUGCUCAGACAGAUUCUGGAGAACUUCAAACUUAAGGCCAUCCAGGACAUGAACAGCCUGAAGCGCUUCGUGCGUCAGGCAGAGAUGAGUCACUACGCCCUGUUUCGCUGCUGCCUCUUCCUUCAGGGCUGCGGAAACGGGGAUGUGUUGCUGCAGAAUGCCAGAGCGGAGCACAACGACAUGCCUGAAGCCUGCAGCAUCAUCUCCGUCCUGGAGGAGUUCAUCAAGGAACAAUCCCAGGCCCAGGCCUGAUUCCAUCGCAACACCUGAGUUGUGGGGCCUAGAUACUAUUCCAGCCACAAAGCAGAUCGCUUGUUCAAUUCUAAACCUAGCACCACAUCCUAUGUUCAACGUCGGUUCGCCAGGUAAACAUUUAGCAGCGCUGACAUUUUUUUUCAAUCUGCCGACUGUCAUGGCAGAUUUAGAAUUUGAAUGUUACGUUUCCUGUGCUGGCACCUCUGCUGCUUCUCAACGAGUAAAAGUAAAAAGUCCGAUCUGGAGUAUGUGCCGUAAAACCCUGAGACUCAGCUUCCCUCAACAAGUGUGUCUGUCUUUGGGGCUAAUAAUAGUUCAUUGAGAUCUGUAACAUCACUUAUCUUAACAGUGAAGGUUAGUUGCCAGCUGGAGAUGAUAGUAAAAAUGAAUUGAUCUAGUCGUAGAGCGGCACUUUCCCAAUCUUUUUACUUUUGCAAAUGUUAGCGUUGUGUUGAGCGUUUCAAAAUACUUUGAACCAAAUAUUAAUACUAUUGUUUUGCUAACUGACAAUGAUCACAAAACGUAACUGAUCCAAACUAAAGCUUCUACUCGUUAAAGUGGAGUUAUCUAUUACUUAUUUCAUAUCCAAAUGUUUAAUUUAUCAUUUUGUAUUUUAGUUGAUUAUACUUGUUUUCUUUUGAGAAGAAACACAUUGAGAAUGCACAAAUCACUUUUAUGCAUUGCUUGUUUCAUAGGCUUCGUUUGUGCUUACUUUAUUUCAACACAAUACCUGCACGACAAUAUGAUUUGUGUCUAAUGAAUACUGCUACUGUAUGUACAUAAUGACUAUCAAGUGAUAGAUGUAAUCCUUCUAUGUGAAUACAGUGUUGUAGAUACAGUGUCAUUUUGGGGUAUCAUUUCCUGUUUACAAAAAUCUUAAUUGCAUUCACCAGCUGAAGACUUCAUGAGAACAAAACAGGCACUUUGUGACCAGUUACUCACUACAUUUACUAAACAUGUUUAGUUUCAAAGGUUCUACAAUAUUAAUACCCACAGAAAGAAGUUAUAAACAGAAGAAAUGAAAAUGUAGAAUAUAAGAAGAUGUAUAAAGAUGCUCACAGUAAAUGUUGGCAUGCCUUCGUUUUAUUUUCCUUUCAUUGUGUACCUGCAACAUGUUCUGAUGUUCCAUCAAACCCAAUAAAGGGUUUUAGCUCAAACCAGUCCAAAGUGUGUAAUACAGCAAUACAGGUGGCGAUGUAUACUUGUAAACUGUCAAGUAGGUGAUAUGUAAAUGAGUCAUUUUACUAUCGUGAACCACAGUGUGACUGUGACCUGACCAGAGUGUGUAUGUGUUAACAUGUCUGUGCGGUCUUCUCUAUAGUUAUAAACAUCUAUGUUGGUCUUGUAUAGAAGAAGCUGAAAUAAAUACCACAGUUGAGCCUAUUUGUUGUGGUUGUUGCAC